GAUGACAAACUUGUCCAAGAUGAUAAGUUUCAAUGUUGAUUUUUAAUCUUUAGUAGUUCAAUAGUCCAAUAAAUAGUGUUUUAUGGAAAAAAACCAUGUAAUUUUUUUUAAUAAUUGCUACUGUGUACGAUAAUAAUAGUCAAAAAGAAUUCUUUUUUAAAACUAAGAAUCUCAAGUCUGAAAAAAAAUCAACUGAUUAGUUGCACAAUUUCUUGGGCAUUGGGUUCAAGGUCUAAUGAGUUUUAAUUGUAAAUCAAAAUAUUAGAGAGGCGUAUUCUGAAAGUAGAAGUAAUUUUAAUGUAUUGACCUGAUAUGGCAAAUACUGGUUUGCUAGUUUUAACAAAUCCUGCGAAAGUGAGGAGGUUACUACCUGUGAUUAAGGAGCAUGUUUUGAAAACACUGUACAUUCAAUAUUUUCCAGAGAAGAAUAUUUUUGGGUCAGGAAAUUAUAAUUUUGUGACACCACAACAGAGAGGCCCUCAGUAUUCUAAGAAUAUUGCAGACAUAUAUGUAAACACUUCCACAAUUGCUUCUCGACUCGAUAUUCGUAUUUUACUCACAAACAUGAAACAUCCUGGUAGAUCUAUCAUAAACACUAAAAAACCAGUCGAGAUAGUGAUCUUCGAUCAAAUAUGCAGUAAGAAAGAGGCAGAUACGUUCAUACAAGAUUGUUUAGCUAAUACAUCGAUGGAUUAUAGCUUUGUUACUUGUACCUAUGAUCAAGAGCAAAAUGAUCACAAAGAUGUAGAAUAUCCUGUACAGACUGUAACAACUUACAAAAAUGUAGUGUUGGGUGGCACAUUUGAUCGAUUGCACAAUGGUCAUAAGAUUUUAUUAAGUGAAGCUGCUUUACGUUGUACAGAAAAGCUUACUGUUGGUGUAACAGACACAAACAUGCUUUCUGGUAAAUUACUGUGGGAGCUUAUACAACCGUGUACACAAAGAAUAAAUAAAGUUAAAGAAUUUUUAGAAGAUGUAGAUCCAUCAAUAACAUACAAUGUUUUACCUAUCAAUGAUUUAUAUGGACCUACUAAAGAAGAUCCAACAUUUGAGAUGAUAGUUGUGAGUGAGGAAACAAAACGUGGAGGUGAUAAAGUCAAUGAAUUACGUUUGCAAAGAAAUUUAAGCAAACUGGAUAUUCAUGUGGUAGAAUUAGCAGGGGAUGAAUCUUAUAAUGAAAUUGAAGAAACAAAAAUUAGUUCUAGUAAUCAUAGGAUACGAUUACUUGGUACAAGACUUCAAGCACCUAGGAUAAAUGAUAAGCCUUUAAAACCAUAUAUUAUUGGUUUAACGGGCGGUAUCGCAAGCGGAAAAUCUUCAGUUGCUGAAAAGUUGCAAAAACUCGGUGCUGGACUUGUAAAUUGUGAUAAAAUAGCUCACAAUUUAUAUUUACCUGGAAAAAAUUGUUUUCAUGCGAUACUUAAACAUUUUGGUUCUUCCAUUCUCAACUCAGAUGGAUUCAUAAAUAGGAAGUUACUUGGUGACAUAGUGUUCAAUGAUAAGGAGCAAUUGGAAAAAUUAAAUAAAUUAAUCUGGCCUUUAAUUCUACAAGAAGCUAAAAAAGAAAUAGAGGUUCUUUAUUCAAAGGGUUAUAAUAUCAUUGUUAUGGAAGCAGCUGUUUUGAUUCAAGCUAAAUGGCAGAAUGUGUGCCAUGAAAUUUGGACUUGCAUCAUUCCACAAAAUGAAGCUAUAAAACGAAUAAUGAAUCGAAAUAAAUUAUCUGAGGAAGCAGCAAAGUUGCGAAUUGAAAUACAACCGAGUAAUACAGAACAAGUUAAAGAAGCCAAUGUUGUUAUAUGUACUUUAUGGUCUCAUGAAAUUACAUUAGAACAAGUAGAAAGAGCAUGGAAAGAAUUAACAACAGCUUUAGCCAAAGAAAAUAAAUCUUAAUAAAUUUUUUAUAUAUCCUAUAAUCAUGGGAAAAUUUAACUUUUAUUUGUAAAUAAUAUUUGAUCAUUAUUCUGUGAUACAAUUUAUAAUUAAAAAAUAUAUAAUAUGAAAAAAAUAUUGGUGAUCAGGUAAAUUGUUUGGUAAUGUAACUGACAAUACAAGAAUAGA